UGUAAGACAGAGGGAAGAUAGACAAAUGCAGGUUAGGUGCACCGUCCAGGAUUGUGUAUUUUUCUUUAAUAAUUGAAUUAAUACAUACCUACAGAAAUGGGAAUCCUCGAUAAAAUAUCGGAGAUAGAAAAAGAAAUAGCUCGUACUCAAAAAAAUAAAGCGACUGAGUACCAUCUAGGAGUAUUAAAAGCUAAAUUAGCCAAGUAUAGAGCCCAGUUACUUGAACCAUCUAAAAAAGGUGAAAAAGGAGAAGGAUUUGAUGUCCUGAAGUCAGGAGAUGCUAGAGUCGCAUUGAUAGGUUUUCCUUCUGUUGGCAAGUCUACACUUUUGAGUACAUUGACAUCAACUCACAGUGAAGCUGCUUCAUAUGAGUUUACAACAUUGACAUGUAUACCUGGAGUCGUGGAAUACAAAGGUGCUAACAUUCAGUUAUUGGACCUUCCUGGAAUUAUUGAAGGUGCAUCACAAGGAAAAGGUCGAGGUCGACAGGUAAUAGCGGUUGCUAGAACAGCAGAUGUUGUCUUGAUGAUGUUAGAUGCAACAAAACAAGAUGUGCAGAGACUAUUACUGGAAAAAGAGUUGGAAUCUGUUGGUAUUAGGUUAAAUAAACAGAAACCUAACAUUUAUUUUAAGGUUAAAAAGGGUGGAGGUAUUGCAUUCAAUUCAACUUGUCCACUUACCAGAGUUGAUGAAAAGCUCGUUCAAAUGAUACUUCAUGAAUAUAAAAUAUUCAAUGCAGAAGUAUUAUUCAGAGAAGACUGUACUGCGGAUGAACUGAUUGAUGUAAUAUCAGCUAAUAGAGUGUACCUUCCCUGCCUUUAUGUUUAUAAUAAAAUCGAUCAAAUUUCUAUGGAAGAAGUUGAUAGGAUAGCAAGGCAGCCUCAUAGUGUUGUUGUCAGUUGUAACAUGAAACUCAAUUUAGAUUACUUAUUAGAAAGAUUAUGGGAAUAUUUAGCUCUUAUUAGAGUUUACACGAAGAAACCGGGUCAACCUCCUGAUUUUGAUGAUGGUCUUAUUUUAAGGAAAGGUGUAACUGUAGAGCAUGUAUGUCAUGCUAUCCACCGAUCAUUAGCUGAGACUUUUAAAUAUGCUCUUGUUUGGGGCACAAGCACUAAAUAUUCUCCACAGCGUGUUGGUCUUCAGCAUAUUAUGCAUGAUGAAGAUGUUAUUCAAGUUAUUAAAAAAUAACUAUUUAUUAAAAUACAUUAUUUUAUAUGAGGGAUUU